AUGAAAAUCUUAACAACAAACUACCUAACCUGCGCGCUCCGCGCCUGCAAAUCCCAUCCGAAUUCCUUCCCCCUACAUUUUCGCGACGCGGAGCUGCAACAAGAUUCUUCGCCCUUCAACGCCGCCUUUAUCUCGAACAUCCUACCGCGGAUGGACUGGUCCGCGCUCCUGACCACAGCGGCCGAGCUCGGUUUUACCAGUUUGCCGGCGGAGAAGCCGGCUGUGGUGGACGAGAAGGUUGGGAUGGAGUUACAUCGGAUACUGAUUGAGGUUUGCUGGUUCCUUGGGGGUGAGGGAUGGGAGGAUGGCGGGGGCUGAUGGGAGAGCAGACGCAGGUUGUUGAGGGGAAAUUGGUGUGUGGGAAUUGCCGGCAUGAAUAUGCGAUACAUCAGGGGAUUGCGAAUUUUUUAUUGCCCGGACAUUUGGGUAUCUCU